UAAAAGGUUUUUGGGGUUUUGUGUAUUUUUUUUUCUUUCACAUAAUUCAGUGGGUCUUUUCCCAGAUAUAUUUUCUCUCAAACUACCUUCUAAGUUGUUGAAGUUUCCGCCCAUGUGACUUCCAGCAUGAAUUACCAGAAACCACAAGAGAGAGUGCGCGCGCAAGCCCCAAAGCAAGCGAGAUGUCCCUGUGGGGAGCAGUCCCUCUGUACCCCAGAGUGAGGAGGACGCAGGGGUCAGAGGUGGCCCCAGGGCGAGCAGGGGAGGCACCUGUGAAAGGUGCAAGGCUGGUGACCUGGGGCAGUUAGGAGAGGAGGCCAGCUGCUGACAAGAGCGCGCCGGAAGGACUUCAGCCAUGCCUCAUAACUCCGACAGCAGCGACUCCAGCUUCAGUCGCUCUCCUCCCCCUGGCAAGCAGGACUCAUCUGAUGAUGUGAGAAAAGUUCAGAGAAGAGAGAAAAAUCGCAUUGCUGCCCAGAAAAGCCGACAGAGACAGACACAGAAAGCUGACACCCUGCACUUGGAGAGUGAGGACUUAGAGAAACAGAACGCAGCCCUGCGCAAGGAGAUCAAGCAGCUCACAGAGGAGCUGAAGUACUUCACGUCAGUGCUGAGCAGCCAUGAGCCCCUGUGCUCUGUGCUGGCCACCAGCACCCCGUCGCCCCCUGAGGUGUUGUACAGCACCCACGCCUUCCACCAGUCCCACGUCAGCUCCCCACGCUUCCAGCCCUGAGCUUCCGGCAAGGAGAGCAGAGUCCCCAACCCCCGCCGUUCCUGUGGCCUCUGCAGCCACGCACAGACUGUGGCCGGACUGCCCUGUCUCCACGGGAGACCUGGUGGCAGAGACCUGGACAAGGACAGAGCACAAGGACUGUAGCAGCCAGAGGGGCCUGAGGCCCCCAGUGGUAUGGAGCUAACCAGGAUGUGCUGGACCCCUGUGUGGAUGGAGCUGCAAACAGAGACAUCACACACCAAGCCCAAGUGACCCCACACAGGGAAAAGACCAAGGCUGGCUUAUUUUUCUAAAUAAAUAUUUAAAAAGAAA